ACUGGAUUUCCAUGGAUUUUAUAUCAAGCUUCGCUCCGAGCUCUUUAAUCAGGUCUGUGUCUUCUGUGGGUUCUGAGAUUAGUCGACGAGUCAAGACAGCCUCCUCACCAGCGCAGAGGCCUUUCCGAGUUUGUAACCAUGACCGCACUGUGCGUAGAGGAGUCACAGCCGGAUCUCUCAGGGAGCUAAUAGCCAGGGCUAUGGAUGUUCUUUUCUUGUCUGGAGUUGUAUCCUUAGUGCUGGAGGAUGAUGGGACACUGCUGGACAGAGAAGACUUUUUUGAAACGCUAGAAGAUGGUUCUGUGGUCAUGGUCUUGGAGAAGGGACAAAAAUGGAGUCCACAAAAGAAUAUAUUGUCGUAUACUCUGCAGCAAGAGAAACCAAGAAACAGCAAGGACAUUGCAAAAGUCACAUUUAAUGUCUACAAGCUCAACCCACGGGACAUGUUUGGAAGUCUGAAUGUAAAGGCCACUUUUUAUGGCUUGUACUCUAUGAGCUGUGACUUCCAGUGUCUAGGCCCCAAGAAAGUGCUCAGGGAGUUUAUAAAGUUCCUGUCAGUGACACUGCAGGGGAUUGGGCGAAUGCUGCUCUCUACUUCCGGAGUUCUGCGACGUCUUUUGGAAGGAUCAGAUCACUGGCAGAAUAACCGAAUCGACAAGUAUGAGGGGUAGUUCCCUGUGAUAUUCCUCAAGAGUCCAUGUAGUAAUUCCCAUAAACUCUGCCCUUUAGUCCCCGCACUUUACUGUAUUUGCUGCCACAAAAUACUAGCGUGCUGCUUUCUCUGUAAUACAGGCAUGGGAUCCGUUAUCCGGAAACUCGUUAUCCAGAAAGCUACAAAUUUUUAUCAAAUAAUCCAAAAUUUUUAAAAAGUAUUUCACUUUUUCAAUGUAAUAAUAAAACAGUAGUUUGUACUUGAUCCAAACUAAGAUAAAAUUAAUCCUUGUUGGAGACAAAGCCAGCCUAUUAGGUUUCUUUAACGUUUAAAUGAUUUUCUAGUAGAUCUAUGAAGAUCCCAAUUAUGGAAAGAUCUGUUCUCCGGAAAACCCCAGGUCUCAAGCAUUCUGGAUAACAGGUCUCAUACCUGUAGCAAAAUAAAUUAGGCAUAGUGCAUUGUGGGUCUGUAAAUUCAAAAUAUGGCUGCUAAAUGUAUGCCAUGUUAGUGGAACAUUCACUUUUUGCCCGUGGCUCCAAAUAGCAGUCAGUUGUUUUAAAAUGACCUCAAAUGCCUUUUUUUGGGAGAAUCUAAUUUAAGAAUAAUAUUUGAAUCAUAAUUCGGUUGAAUAAAAACCUUUCUAGCCAUGUGCCAAAAA